GGCGGCGCGGAGCCGGGCGCUCCUGGGGCGCUGGGAUGAUGAGGAAGAGGAGCGGCCGCAGCCACAGUCAGGCUCCAGCACUGAGCAUGAAGACAGGCCUUCACCCAAGGAGCUAGAGGAACUGGAACUGCUGAACAGGGCCUUAGAGAAGGCACUGAAGGUCAGGAAAAGCAUCUUGAAAACUCCAUUAGAGACUCAGGGAGCUACAGGACAGAAAUGGACAGGUGAGGCACAUGCUCCCAAGAAAGCUGAAGAGCAGCAGGUGCCUGUACCUGCUGAUGUUCCUGAGUGCAGGAAGGUGAGAGCUGGAAGCAAAAAACCUAUGUUGUUGAAGAAACCCUCUCCAUACCAGUUAAGAGCCCCUUACAGGACUGACCCAGAUGUGAAGAAACUGCAAAGGAAAGUCCCAGCCAGAUGCGUUUCUCAAGGCCCCAGGACAGCUGGGAAGAUCUCCUCAAAAGGAGUGACUUCCAAACAAGGAAAGAGUCACAGGACAGCAACUGGUGCCAGUGCCAGAGAAGUCUGUGCUGCAGCUGAACCCCAGGAGACACCUGGCUUGUCUGAAUGUGCCCCAAAUGAGCAGCAGAGCUUUUCUGGAGGGGAUUCAGCUGCAGGAAAGAAUUCCACAGUUGCUGGCAAGCAGUUACUUGACGCAGGGAAGAAAAGUUGUGGUUUCAUGGGAGAGUCCAGCAAAAAGGAGGACACUGCAAGUGCAUGGGGAAGGAGCAUCUCACCAGGAACAGGCACCCUUCAGGAAAUGGGAUGCCAGCUGAAGCUCCCCCUUUCCUACAGGAAAGCCUAUUCCAGGAACUCCAGGGCAUGGGAGAGAUGUCGCCUGUGCCAAACAAGUGCAGAUGCAGCAGCUGCAAGGACCCGUUUUAUGGAGAGAAUCCAGACAACCUUUGAGUUUUGCUCCCCGAAGCUGACCCCCAGUCCUGCAGAGAUAGAGGAGGAAUUAAGGGGCCUCCAGGAUGUCCCCUCCCAUCUGAGGCAGUAUGUGGAAGCUGAGCCUGCAGACCAUUCCACUCUGCAAGGAGAGUAUGAAAGCCUUCUGACCUUGGAGGGUUUGCAAACCACGGUGUCCCAGUGCCUGCAGAAGCUGCAGCUGCUGCGAGAAGCUCUGGAGUCCCAGCUGAGGCUGUGCCCAGACUGCACUGGGGAUGUGGGGAGCUGCUCUCCAGCCUGUGUCCCUGCCAGGGGACAGACGUGUGACAGUGCAGACAUGCUGGCUGUGCCUCUCCUCUGUUACUCCAGUCUCCAGGAGCUGAGGGACCUGUUUGCCUUGAAGCUGCAAGUGUCAAUGCUGCACCAAGAGAUUGCCUUACAAAAGGUGAUGAUGGCAGAGCUGCUGCCUGUCCUGGAGCCCAGGCCAAUGCUGGAGGGCUCUGCAGGGCUGUUCCGGGCCAUCCACAGCCAGCUCUGUGAGGGGGGCCGGCACUUCCCUGUGCUGGUGCGAGACGAGCUUCUGGACUGAGCUGGGGAGCCUCCUGCUAGUCCUGCACAAAGCCAACGACAGCUCCAAGCAAUAAAUCUUUUCUAUGAA